AUGGAGUCUUUCUGCCUCGAUGACAUUGGCUCUGUGAUACAGAACAAGGCUAUGGAGAGAAUUGUCUCACCAAUGACCACUCAGCUCUGCCACCUGCUUAUCUCCAUGGAGAGGAAAGUUAUCAGCAAUGAUGCAUUUGCCUCUUUGGAGAUGACAGCAGCCGAACUGAGAAAAGCUACUGAAGACUUGGCGCAAGUUGCCCCCAGGCUGGCCGGAGACUCCGAGGAGCGGUUCCGAGAGCAAGUGAAGCCGGUGGCCGAGUCUCUGAUCCGGUCUGGGCGGAACAUCACACAGGUGGCUCAGAGGCUCCAUCUGCACCCAGAAAGUCGGUGGCACCGGGCGGAGCUAGUGGCCACAGCUCAGCAGAUUCUGGUGGGCACCACCAAGGUGAGGAGCCGUCGGAGCCGGCGGGCUGGGUGCGUGCUGGCCCCCAAAAGCCAAACCCAGCCCGCCCAAAUGCUGCUCCUGGAGGACGCGGAGACGGCUCGCGACCCACGCGCAUCUCUAACCGCGGCCCAGCAGGUGAUCCUUCCAGCCCAGCCCGUCCGAGAAGGGCCGGACGGGACCCCCCACCGCCCGGACCUCCGCAGCCCCCCGCGGGGCCCAGCGCGCGGGCCUCCCGCCGCCCCUGAAGGGGCACCCCGGGAAGUGCCCGCACCGAGGCAGGGCCCCCCCACGGGCGCCUCUGGAGGCUGUGUCCCGCCCGGGGCCGGCCAGCGGGGUGACGGGGCCAGGGGGGCCCCCCCGGGCUUGGCCGCCGCGGCCGGCCCCUGGUACCCGCUGUGCCGGCAGCUCUUCGGCCACCACGCAGCCGCCGACCUGGCGGGGAGCGUGGCGGUGUUCGCGGAGCUCCGGGGGAAGCUGGGCGCGCUGGUGCGGCUCGCGGCGGAGCCGGGGCCCGCGGGUCCGGACGGAGCGCUCUCCCGCGUGCGGGGCCGCUGGGAAGAGGCGGAGAUCCACGCCGAGCACCUGCUGCGCAGGCUCGCGGUCCGCCCGGGCCCGCGGGCCCCCGGGGCGUGGGACCCGGGCGUGGAGAACGGGUGCCUCCUGUGGUCGCUGGCCGUGCAGGACUUGCUGGAGCGCCUGAAGCGGCUCAGCGGAAGGCAGGGCCUCUUCCUGCGGCCCCUGCGGCGGGCGGUGGAGCGCGGGCGGGGGUGGCAGGGCGGGGUGGCCCAGGCGGUGGACGCGGUGGAGCGGCUGCGGGGGGCGGCGCGGCUGUCCCGGCGCCUGUGCGCGGACGCGCAGGUGCGGGGCGAGGUCUCCGUCCUGGGCGGGGAGGUGCGGCUGCUGGCCGACGCCCUGGCCGGGGUGGCGCGCGCCCUGGCCGCCGCCCCCGGGCCCUCGCCCAGCCUGGGCGCGCGCUUCGAGCUGCUCUGCCUGGAGCUCGCCCUCCGAGCCCGCGCCCUGGGCAGCCGCCUAGGCGGCAUCAACGCCCCCUACGAGCGCGCCUUCCACCGCGCCGUGCGCCCCGCGCUGUCGGCCGGGACCCACCCCCCGCCCGCCGCCACGCGCUUCCUGGAGGACGUGGCGUCUGCCAUCCGGGAUGCGCAGGGCCUCCUCGGCCGGGAGCCGGGGCACUGCCCGGAGGACCUGGCCGCGGCUCUGGAGAGCCUUCGCGGCGUCACCCACGAGGCGGCCCGGCGGCUCCCGGGGCUUCGCGGGCACCCGGAGGAGUGGGCGCGGCAGGCGCUGGACUGGCUGCGCUGGGAAUGGGCGGCCAAGGCCCACCACGCGGUGCGUCAGCUGCAGGCCUGGCCCGGCGGCCACGCCCCAGCCUGGAGGCUCCUGGCCCAGCGCUUGCAACCCGGGGACGAGGCGGCGGGAGCCUCCCAACAGGACCUCGUCCGGGCCCAGCUCCGCGGUCGAGAGCGCUCCCCGGGAGCGACUGCGGGGGACGGUGGGGCGUCCCCGGAUGCUGUCCGCAGAGGGACCCCAGGGAGCUCCGCGGACACCGGCACUGCUGAGCCGGCCGUCAUCGCGAGGACCGUCACCACCGGGGACGCGGGCACGCAGCAGAACGACAGCCCUUGUCCCUCCCCUGGCUGUCCAGACCGACUCCGUGUGGAGAAGGACCAGCCUCUCCGGGAGGAUGAGAAUGCAAUCACCCAGCUUACUCAAGAGAUGGCCAAGGAGGUGCUCCUGAUGGACAUGAGUCUGAAGAAAAGAGGGCGCGUGCUGACCAAAGAUCAGCUCAUUACUUCUGCUAGGAAAAUUGCAACUUCUGGGCAAAACUUGAGCAGACUUAUCCGCAUCAUUGCCAAGAACUGCAUAGAUCAAAGAUGUUCCCAGGAGCUUUUGUGUGUGGUGGAGCAGAUCCAAACCAUGAGCAACCAGCUCCGCAUCAUCUCCAGUGUAAAGGCCUCCUUGGAGAGAAGCAGGUCCUCUGAAGAGCUCCUGGUGGAGAAUGCGCGGCAGCUCCUCCAGGCUGUCUCCAAGGCGGUGAGAGCUGCAGAGGCUGCAAGCGUGCGGGGUUUGAAAACACCUUCCUUGGAUCCAGAAGAAUUAGAGGUUGCUGCCUUGUGCACACAGUGGAGGAGGAAACUAGUAAGAUACAGGCGUCAAGAAAUCUCAAAUGUAGAUUGUGAUGAGCUGGGCCUGCGGAAAACAAGCACCAAAACACCCCCAGCACUUGUGGCUGGUUCAAAAGGCAUUAUCAAAACUAAGGCUGGGUGCUGUGAGCUCACACCUGUUAAUCCUAGCUACUAAAG